CUCUCUCUCUCUAUGCAUGUGCUCUCUCUCUUUCUCUCUCUUCAACUUUCUCACUCUUCUUCUUACUAGCUGCUGCUUACAAAAUACAGUUGCAGAAAAUCAAGUAAAACGAGAUCUUCGUAUUUUCAACCCUAUUUCUUCUCUUCUGAUUCAAAUCAAAUCUACGAAAUGAAAACUAACAAAACUUCAAAUCCUGUUAUUACUUUCGAUCACAAGAGGGAUGCCUAUGGGUUUACGGUGAGACCUCAGCACCUGCAAAGAUACCGUGAAUAUGCGAAUAUAUACAAGGAGGAAGAGGAGGAAAGGUCAGAGAAGUGGAAGUCAUUUUUAGAUAGGCAGGCAGAGACGGAGUCUUCUGAAUUGGCCUCAGCUGUGGGAGAAGAUGAGAAAGUUUCUGGGGACGAGGUUGUCGGGGAAGAAGUUGAUGCGAGUUUAGAGAAGGGUGUUGAUGGACAUCAAACAAGCGGGCACGUCCCUGGCAGUGAAGAUAGUACAAUUGAAAAUGGAAGUCAAAAGGAGGAGUUACCAGCAUCUGAAGUGACUAAGAUUCAUAGAGUCCAGUUAUGGUCAACCAUAAGGUCAUCUCUUCAUAUUAUUGAGGAUAUGAUGAGUGCCCGUGUAAAGAAGAAAACUGCAUCAGUAAAAGAUGAAAGAAACAAGAAUGGUGUUUCAAAAGACGAGAAGAUCGCUGAAACUGAGAAAUCACUAUCUCAUUCUGAUGAUGCUAAAUCACCAAAAGGAGCAUUUGAGGAAGACUCUGAGGACGAGUUCUAUGAUGUUGAAAGGUCCGAUCCUAGUCCAGAUUCUCCUCGUGUUGAUGGCUUGAGUACCUCUGCAAAUGGGAUUACUGCAUAUGCUCGACACAAUCCCUCUGUUGGUUACUGCCAGGUCAUUCAUUCUGAAUAUAAUUUCAUAUUUUCAAAAAGAAGUUUUCCUAGUAUUUUUCAAUAUGGUUCUGAUGUAUUUUGCUUGAAAGGUCUUUCUGUCAAACAAUUUAAUAAGGUGUCUAGAUUAAAAAAUGUACAUAUAAGUGAGCCGAUCACUCAUAAAAUUUGUUCACUCAUUACUUUGUUUUAG